AUGUCGUCUUCCUCUAAUCCAAUUGAUAAUAUUCAAAACGGAAGGACCAGUUUACUAAGAAAUAUUCAGAGAUCUGCAUUGAAUAAUGUCACUAAUACUACAUUAUCACAAGAAAACGUUUCUCAACAAUCAGUAGUGAGAACCCUAAAGUCAUCCCUUACAUUGGCAAAAAGAGAAGGUUCUAAAAUUCCUCAAUAUAAGAAGGACACAUAUCCAGAUCCAUCCUCACAUGGUACUUCAUUAACUAAUAGUAAUAGUUCUUUUAAUAUCAAAGAAAUUGCAUCCAAGAAUAUUACAAAUUUAAGUACAGAGAAUAAGGAAAAUCUAGAUCCUUUCCCUACAAGUUCAAAUGUCGUAAAUUCAAAAAAUUUACCAUCGAUAGAGGAAGAACAAGAACAUGAAGUAUCAAAGAAUUUAUCAGGACAUAUUACAUCUAACAAUCAAGAAGCAUCAAGUUUACAAGAUAAACAAUCUGAAUAUCAAAGCACACAGGAAGAAUUGGUGAACUAUCAAAAGGAUAAUCAUUUAGAUGUCGAUGCAAAUAAAAAAAGACCGAUCUCCACCGUAGUUGAACAAGACCUGCCCAAGAAAUUUAAAGUUUGCAAUGAAGAUGGACAAGAAGAGUAUGAAUGGGAAGAUUUAGAUGCAGAAGAUGCCAAUGAUCCAUUUAUGGUCAGUGAAUAUGUUACAAAUAUUUUUGACUACUUACAUCAUCUGGAAGUUAUUACAUUACCUCAGAAGCAAGAUCUAUUCAAACACAGAAAUAUUCAUCAAAAUCGAGACAUCUUAGUUAACUGGAUGAUUAAAAUUCAUAAUAAAUUUGGAUUACUACCGGAGACGCUAUACCUAGCUAUCAAUCUAAUGGACCGUUUUUUAUGUAAAGAACUUGUUCAACUAGAUAAACUUCAACUUGUAGGAACAUCGUGUUUAUUUAUUGCAUCAAAAUAUGAAGAGGUUUAUUCACCAAGCAUAAAGCAUUUUGCUUCUGAAACAGAUGGGGCUUGUUCUGAAGAUGAGAUUAAGGAAGGUGAAAAAUUUAUAUUGAAAACAUUGGAAUUUAAUUUAAAUUAUCCAAAUCCUAUGAAUUUCUUAAGAAGAAUAUCGAAAGCAGAUGACUACGAUAUACAGUUGCGAACACUGGCAAAAUUCUUGCUUGAGAUUUCAUUAGUAGACUUCAGAUUUAUUGGCAUACUUCCCUCAUUAUGUGCAGCUGCUGCUAUGUUUUUAUCAAGAAAAAUGUUGGGAAAGGGUAAAUGGGAUGGUAACCUGAUUCAUUAUAGUGGUGGCUAUACAACAGAACAAUUGGCACCUGUAUGUCAGAUGAUGAUGGAUUACUUGGUUAGUCCAAUUGUACAUGACGAAUUCCAUAGAAAAUACCAAUCCAGAAGAUUUAUGAAAGCUUCCAUAAUUUCAGUUCAAUGGGCAUUAAAAGUUAGGAAAAAUGGUUACGAUAUAAUGACAUUGCAUGAAUAA